GAGCCCAGGUUCGACGCGUCUAGCCUCUCUCCCGCGGAGCUGCUCAGUUCCACCCCCUGACUCACUCUUGCACAGACGCCGGCUCUGAGCCGACCUGUAGCGCUGCCUGUGUCCUGUGCGUGGAGUGGGGAGGGCAGGGACAACUGGCUUCGUUUACGCUUCUGGGCACGACUGUGCGAUGCGAAGUGUAUAGAAGAGAUCCAAUUGCCAGCCAUUCUGUAGUAGUUUCGGGCGAACAAAGUUUCUAUCUAGCUUUCUCGUGCUCGAGAGGUGGGCGACGUCUAUGAGGAGGAUUGCUGUGGAGAUUACACUGCUUAACACUGACCUCUAUUCUACUCCUUAGAAUUCACGACGGUGCCGCCGCUGCAUUUUAGUCGAGGGAGAUUAGUGGGGCUGGAACAAUUGCGUAUCCUUCUCGAGACGUUUCUGCUUAGAGCAUAGCGGUUGCGAUACGUGGGCUGAAGGCCAAAUCUCUUGCAAUCCAGAGCGAGGAAUCCUACUUCUUUUCUCUUACAUCAUCAGCACUCCGCCUUCCACGACAAUCAGGUCGCGAAAGUUUCGGCUUAGGGUAAUCUUCCGGAAUUCUGUGCGGGGAACUCAGUUUCACUUUUCCGCACUGCGUAAGCGAUUCGGCUUACCAGGCGGUCAGGCACUAAAGUUUUAUUCGGCCUCUUCUUUCGUACCCCCUACACAUUUGCGACAAUGGUGCUGUGGGUUUUCGGCUAUGGUUCACUCAUCUGGAAGACUGGUUUCAAAUACGAUGAACGCGUUGUUGGAUACAUCAAGAAUUACAAGCGUGCUUACACCCAAGGCAGCAUCGAUCACAGGGGCACAAUCAAGGAGCCAGGAAGGACGGUUACUUUGGAGUAUGAAGAAGGUGCCAUCACGUGGGGCGCCGCUUAUCGCAUCUCUGGUCAUGAAGAAGCGAAGAUGACCUUGGCGUACUUGGACUUGAGAGAACGAUUGUAUGAUGUCAAAGAGUAUCUAAACGUAUACACGAUUGAUUCUUCCGACAAGCCAGCUAUCACUGGCGUUUUGACAUACAUUGCAACCUCAAAUUGCGCGAAUUUGUGCUACUUGGGUCCAGCACCUCUAGAGGACAUGGCCAGUCAGAUAGCAACCUCCCACGGACCGUCUGGAACCAACGCGGAGUACCUCUUCAAUCUCGAGGAUGCCUUGCUGAAAAUGGGUGUUGAAUGCUUGGACGAUGUGACACGGCAACUAUCAAGCGAGGUCCGCAAAAUGCAAAAGGCCAAAUCUGGCGGGGCCCUGAACAACCACAUUCUUAGUAGCAGCCACAUAAGCAGCCCCAGAAUGAGUGGGGUGAUGUUGAAAAUCCAGUAACCCAAAAUGGGAUUACUGGUACACAAUAAUGUUAGGUAGGUUAUCCAUUUACUUCAGGAACAAGUACACCUGCAUUGGAUAGUGUUACAAAUGUUUAAGUCAUCUUUUAGACAUGUUAGAUAGGGCUUCAUACCCAGACACUGUACUUUAGUUUGUACCUUACGCUACCAUAGGCAAUCAAGGAUCCAAUUGAUACUGGCAAACAACUACUCCCAAAUCGACUCAUACUGUAACUUCAAUUUUGAAAGGCUCCAUUUUCAAGAAAGUGAGCCUUGUUUAUGCAAAACUUCAUUCCACCUU